CUUUGUCACCGCAACCGGGUACAAUAGGCCCUCCGCCAUUCCUUUCACUUUCCUUCCUGUACAAUAGAUUCAAUCGUUAUGUCGACUGUGCUUCUUCCUACGCGAACAUUGGCCCGCGCCGCCGCUCAUAAUCUCCGAUAUCCCGUCUGCGACUUGCUCGCGCCAAGUACCAUCGCAUGUGCAUCGCGGCAAAAGGCGCGAAUACACAGCACACCCUCAAAAACCUCAGCCGCCGCCGCCGCCAUCGAGCCCUCUCCCUCUCCCGAAACCACCAGCAAUGGCACCCCAAUCAAGCCCCUCACUAGGUCCCAGCGCGAUUUCCUCGACUCCGCCCUCCGCGUCAACCAGGCCGGCGAGCUCGCCGCCGUCCUCAUCUACACCGCGCAGACACCGCCCCUCCUCCGCUCACACCCGCACCUGCGCCCGCUCAUGAAACACAUGCACGACCAAGAAGCCGGGCACUUUAGCUACUUCAACUCGCUCCUCGCGAAACACCGCAUCCGGCCGACCGCCAUGUACCCAGUUUGGCACGCGGCCGCCACAGUGCUCGGGUGGGGAACAGCGGUAAUGGGCCGCGAAGCAGCCAUGGCGUGCACAGAGGCCGUGGAGACGGAGAUCGGGACGCAUUAUAACGAGCAAGUUAGGGUGUUGCUGGACUGGGCGGAGAAACUGGAGGAGAGAGGGGAGAGUAUGGGCGACGAGCUAGGGACGCUAGUGGGCGAAUUGAGGAGGAUUAGGGAUGAAGAGUUGGAGCAUCUGGAUCAUGCGGUGGAGAACCAUGCGAAGGAGGCGAGACCAUAUGAAUUGUUGACGAAUGUUAUAAGAGGCGGUUGCCGGACAGCGAUUUGGAUUAGUGAGAGGGUGUAGUGUAUGAUAAGAGAGACUUGUACAUAUUGUACUAUACCGCUGUAUAUAUGGCAUCAUGUAAGACGAAUCAAGAUUAUACGCGAUCACAUUCGGUCAAU